GCAAUUCAGAUACUGGAGCUUACACCUGCAAAGCUACCAAUGUAGCUGGUUCAGAUGAAUGCAGUGCUGUAUUGACUGUCCAAGGUCAGUAUAUGAUGGUCAGCAAGCUCUCUGAGCUACUCUUUUCUCUUUCUUUCUUAAAAUUGCCUCUGGUCUUUUGUAAGCAUAUUGAGAGAUACUACUGACUAGAAAGUAAAGGUUUUCUUCUUUAACUUCAGUAGGUAUGUGGAAAUGCUGGGGUUAUGCUGUACCAACUGCCUUAUCUCUCUUUUUCUCUUAUAUGUUUAGAACCACCAUCUUUUGAGAGGACACCUGAGCCUUUGGAUGUCUUGCCAGGCACAAGCGUAACUUUUACAGGUGUUAUCAGAGGAACUCCUCCUUUUAAGGUGAACUGGUUUAGAGGAGCCAGUGAGCUUGUGCCAGGAGACAAAUGCAAUAUUUACUUAGAGGACUCUGUUGUGGAGCUUGAGUUAUUUGAUGUAACCCCUCUCCAAAGUGGAGAAUACACUUGUCUAGUGACUAAUGAAGCUGGCAGGGCAAAUUGUACAACACAUCUUACAGUAAAAGAACCGGCUGUCUUUGUGAAGAAACUGAGUGAUCAAUAUGUGGAACCUGGUAAGCCCAUCAUCCUGGAGGGCACAUACAUGGGCAGCUUGCCCAUCUCUGUGACAUGGAAGAAGAAUGGCCACACACUCGCUCAGUCUCACAAAUGCAGCAUCACUACCACAGAGAAAUCCUGCAUCCUGGAGAUCCUUGACAGCACGAAAGAGGAUGCAGGAGAAUACACCUGCCAUGUUGAAAAUGAGGCAGGAAGAGAUGUUUGCGAAGCUGUAGUCUCUACUCUAGGUGUGUUCUUCCUUUUCUUCUUUUUCUUGCCUAUUCUUUGAAGUAUGUGCUUUCAAAAGCCUGGCACUAUAUAAUGAGCCUAUCUCAUUGCUUCUCUUUUUAGAACCUCCCUAUUUUGUUACA